UUCCGGAUUUGGCUAACAGAUAGCCUCAGCUCGCCCGUCUCACCAAUAGAAAAGCAGCGCUGCAUGACAGACGUUCGGCUCAGCCAAUUACUGCCGGUACGAAGGACCCAGCCUCUCUCUUGCAAAAUGGCGGCCACAGCUCCCAAUGCGGCUCCUCCCGCGGCCGCUCCGCCGCAGAGUCCGACGGCGGCUCCCCCCGCCCCGGCUGGGAGCGCUCCUCCCGCGGCCGCGCCGACUCCGCCGGCCGCGCCGGCCCCGCCACCCGCCGCGCCACUGUCAGCCGCGCUCUCGGGCCCCUUCCCCGGCGGCCGCGUGGUGCGGCUGCACCCGGUUGUGCUCGCCUCCAUCGUGGACAGCUUCGAGCGGCGCAACGAGGGCGCGGCGCGGGUGAUCGGGACGCUGCUGGGCACCGUGGACAAGCACUCGGUGGAGGUCACCAACUGCUUCUCCGUCCCGCACAACGAGUCCGAGGAUGAGGUGGCUGUGGAUAUGGAAUUUGCCAAAAACAUGUAUGAGCUGCACAAGAAAGUGUCUCCUAGCGAGAUCAUCUUGGGCUGGUAUGCAACAGGGCACGACAUCACGGAACACUCAGUCCUGAUCCAUGAGUAUUACAGCAGGGAGGCUCACAAUCCAAUCCACCUCACCGUGGACACCAGUCUCCAGAAUUCACGCAUGAGCAUCAAAGCCUACGUCAGUGCCCCAAUGGGAGUCCCUGGUAAAACCAUGGGCGUGAUGUUCACACCACUAACAGUGAAAUAUGUUUAUUAUGAUACAGAGCGGAUAGGAGUGGAUCUUAUCAUGAAGACCUGCUUUAGCCCCAACAGAGUGAUUGGCUUGUCCAGUGACUUGCAGCAGGUGGGGUCGGCCUCAGCCAGGAUCCAGGACACCCUGACCAUGGUGCUGCAGUACGCCGAGGACGUGCUGUCUGGCAAAGUGGCUGCUGACAACACUGUCGGGCGCUUCCUGAUGGAUCUUAUUAACCAGGUGCCAAAGAUUUCACCAGAGGACUUUGAGACCAUGUUGAACAGCAAUAUCAAUGACCUACUGAUGGUAACCUACUUGGCAAAUCUCACACAGUCACAGAUUGCUCUCAAUGAAAAACUUCUGAGUUUAUAAAGAAACUUUUGCCACCCUACACUUUAAGGAGCCUGAAGAAUGAGCAGAUACACUUUUCUGUGGUGUUAGAAACUUCCUUGGACUGUAAUUUAAUGACCUACAUGACUUGGUUUACAUGGUUAUUUCCAUUGCUCUGAAAAGCCCCUAACAUGUUUUAGAAAAUGAAUGGGAGCAGCUGCAGUUCAGUUGAGCCUGGUAUUUUAAAAUGGAAUAAGAGAAUCUUAUGUCUUGUGGAUUUGUCUACUUGUAUAACAAAAUACAGCUUUAUUGCAAGAAUGUAUUUGGAAUAAAAGUUCCAUUGCAGUGGCAACAAUGGCUUCUGUCCAAAAAAAAACUUUCUCA